AUGGAGCCCUGGUACACCUACACACACUGGUACCCCAUGGCCUCAUCCCACCUGAAGAAGGAGCCCCCGGAGCCCGUGCCGCACAUGCAGCCGGCUAUGAUGCUGUUCUCCUCCAAGUACUGGUCCAAGCGAGGGCUGUCCCUGGACUCGGCCAUGUUCCCCCCGAGCAGAGGCCCCCAGCAGAGGCACACCGGCGGACAGAUGUCACGGCGGCCAUCUUUCUGCCCCAUCGACGAGAAGAAGGACAGUGAUGCGGACUCUCGCACGGCCGUGGUGUUCUCUCUGAAGAACGAGGUCGGAGGGUUGGUCCGAGCGCUGCGGGUUUUUCAGGAACGCAGAGUGAACCUGAACCACAUCGAGUCUCGAGUUUCCAGACGCCUCUUGAACGAGGUGGAGAUCUUUGCUGAUUGCAGCUGUAGCAAGAAGGAGUUCAACGAGCUCCUGCAGCAGCUCAAAGACCACGUCAACAUUGUGUCCUACAACACCCCCAUGAAUGCCUGGUCCGCUGAGGCAGAUGGAGAGGAAGACGUGCCCUGGUUUCCCAUGAAGAUCUCGGAACUGGACCAAUGUUCUCAUCGAGUCCUGAUGUACGGAUCUGAACUGGAUGCAGACCACCCAGGUUUCAAAGACAACGUUUAUCGCCAGCGGAGGAAAUACUUUGUGGAAGUUGCAAUGAACUACAAAUUUGGACAGGUCAUCCCCCGGAUUGAGUACACCCCAGAGGAGGUGCGGACCUGGGGCGUGGUCUUCAGGGAGCUCUCCAAACUCUACCCGAGUCACGCCUGCAGAGAGUACCUGAAGAACUGGCCUCUUCUGAAGGAGCACUGCGGCUACCGAGAGGACAACAUCCCCCAGCUGGAGGACGUGUCGGCCUUCCUCCGAGAGCGCUCCGGCUUCACCGUGCGUCCGGUUGCUGGAUACUUGUCUCCGAGAGACUUUCUGAGCGGUUUAGCCUUUAGGUGUUACUUCUUCACCAUCGAGUUUGGUUUGUGCAAACAGGACGGUCAGCUCCGAGCAUAUGGAGCCGGGCUGCUGUCAUCUAUCGGAGAACUGCGGCACGCCCUGUCGGACAAGGCCUGUGUGAAACCCUUUGACCCCAAGACCACGUGUCAUCAGGAAUGUCUCAUCACAACAUUUCAGGACGUUUACUUUGUGUCGGAGAGUUUCGAGGAGGCCAAGGAGAAGAUGAGGGAGUUUGCAAAGACCAUCAAGCGUCCGUUCUCUGUGUACUACAACCCGUACACUCAGAGCGUGGAUCUUCUCAAAGACACGAGGAGCAUCGAGAACGUGGUGCAGGAGCUGAGGAGCGACCUGACCACAGUGUGCGACGCCCUGGGAAAGAUGAACACCUACAUGGGCAUCUGA